AUGCGUGAGUUACUUGAAAUGUGGGCUCGUUCCAAGUUGUCUAAACACCGCCUGGCUGAUGACGCUGACGACCUCGUCCGAUUCAAACCCGAUGUUGAAAACCACAUGCUUGAUGUCACCUUUGUCGAGUCUGUCGGUAUUGUCUUUUUGUGCGCUUCGAGUGGUCGUGUACGUCGUGUCGCUCUAUCUAUCCUCGACUCGAUCCGUGCCGUCCAUGAAGCGUUCCUCCACGAACGCCAAGACGACGUCAUCGAGAUAUCUACACAUAUCCGAGACAUUAUCGACGAGAAUGGUAACGAGUAUCUCUACCGACACGCCCAAACACUCACCAACACCACCGAGAACAAGUACAAAAAGCUAAAGACUCCACAAGACUUUGAGAGAAUGUCAGAAUCAGAAAGUAAAGAGGAUCAGUUGUUGUGGUCAACGUGUUUGUCGGAUAUUGCGCGUGCUUCAGCCGAACUAUGUCUAGUAUCGACACUCAAAGCAACCGAGUUGAUCAUGCAACGAAUCAAACCAAUCUGGCCAGAAGAGAAACAACAAAAUACGACUGGCGACGCAGAAGGAUUAUCGAUUUGGUGGAGAAACUAUAUUAUUGUGGCAUGUGCCACCAUCCAAGUGACCGACAACACUGCCAUUGACAUUAAGAAAAAGAUGACUGAUAUUGUCGAUCAGGCACCAGUAUCUGCUCGCGAACUCUUUACCAUGAUCAUUCCCAACCUCAAAUCUGCCGAUAAAUUCUUUGUCGAUGCGUCACUCAUGGCACUCGAAAAGACUCAUCCACGUGUACUCGAGGUGUUAUUUGAUAUUCUCAAGCCCUACGAACACGAGAUUCACGUCAACAAAAAAACCAAGAAAAAGGCAGAGGGUCUUCGAUCGGUCAUUGCCAUCCGUCGUCAUUGUCUCGAAUCACUCAAACCAGGUGAACUCGUCCAACGAGACAUUUUAAAACGUUCCUACAUAGAGUUUAUUCAAGAGGUACUUCAAUUCCUAGCACUUGCCGAAAACAAUGGAAACGACUAUCUUUGGGAUACUCUUCAUUAUAUUCGUUUUAAUUUUUGUGCUCUUGUUCAUCGUACCAUUCAACAACUUUAUAUUGGUGCAAAAGAAUUUUUAGACAAAAAUUUAAGAAAAGAAUUAUUUAGAGUAUCAUCAAAAUGGAGUGAAAGUGAAGAAUUUUUAGGAGAAGAAAGUACAACUAGAAGAUUAGCAAUAUUCCUUCAACAAGAGGAAAAAGAAUCGGUCAAGAGAAAGGAGUAUGAGAUGCGGAUCAUUGAACAUGCAACUCAAUUGAGUAAUGUAGCAUCACAUGCAGUCAGUGUAAUAUUAUUGGGACCUCAAUUUAUAGAGACAUUCAAAGACCCAAAUGGAGUCAUUUUCCAAUGGAUCAAUUUUAUGUUUGUCAGUCGUAUGAAGAGCAAGAUUCGAUCGGUGGCUCGUUUGGCACUACAAAACUUUUUAAAGUGUAAUCUUGGCUUUUCAGAACUUAUCUACCACUGUGUCAAUCAGUGUUAUUCGGCAAGUUCAGGUGUUGCCAGUGGCUAUUUCUUGUCAUUGGUAGAGUUGUGUCAAGAUCAAGUUCUCAAGUUUUCAUACUCUGACUCGAUCCUCACUAAUUUGGUCAUAUUCAAUAGUGGAUCGAAAUUCUCUUCUGUUCGCCAACAGGCAAUGCAAUUGUUGUAUUUUAUGAAAGCAUCAACCGUUUCAAUGACAGGACAAGACUAUUCAGAUGGUUAUUAUCCAAGUGCCAUCGGAUCGGAUAUUUCAGAUACCUAUCUUUAUGCUCAGUAUGAACUCUCUGAAACGUUGGCACUUGAAAACCCAGAGUUGUGUUAUGAAAUCCUCUCCUCAAAAGUUGGUCGACUCGCUCGUCUCUGA